CUUCAGUGCUGCCUGGGAGUCUUGUUGUUGUAGCAGCAGCAGCAGCGGAAGAGUUUCUGUGCUUCCUCUGGUUUUUAUGGAGUGACAGGAGCAAACAGCAGCGGAGAUCCACCCCCCCACUCGACUCAGGUAGAGAUGCCGGCUCCGAGUUCAUCAGAGAGAAAGGCCUGCUGGGAUGCCAGGGACCUGCUGUGGAAAUGUCUGGGUGACAAGGAUGACAAAGCUGCAGCCUGCCAGAACUUCCAGAGCGAAUUUGAGGCAAAUUGCCCUGCGCAGUGGGUGAAAUAUUUCACCAAGAGGAGAGACUACUUGAAAUACAAGGAGAAGAUGCAAAAUGAAGGCUUCAUACCUGCCAAAGGCCCCCAACAGCCCUCCUAACAACUGGAGAGCAGACGGUGAAAAUCUGCAGACUGAAUGGCUUUUAGCCUCAUUCACACACGUUCAGGACUGGGGGAGCAGUUUUGUUAUUUAUUGUAUAGAGAAAUAAGAUGAAGCGGGACAACAAACUUGAAAUAUAAAAUUAAUUCUGAUCAGUUCUGAUAAACGCAGGCCUUACAUAUAUCUGGAUGUACAGUACACAAUCAUACUCGAUCUGUGUCAGCACUCAUCCUAAUACAGAACAUGAUUUUUCUGUGAUUGAAACCAAAAUGUCUCUCAGCAGCAACUGUAUAAUGUCUCCAGAGGAGAGUGUUGUUCUGUUGUUUGGGUUGAAGUUUUUGUGCAGUAAAAUACAGACUUAGCCUUGAUAACUACUGAUCAAAGUUUUUAUUCUGUGACAGUACAAAAUCUGAUGUGUUUUUCUGUGAAUAAGUAAAAAAGAAACUCAUUGUUUGAUGUGA